GAAGUUUGUUAAUAACACAAAGUAACUAAAACAAUAUACUAAGCAUUGAUUCAUCAAUCAAUCAUAUAUAGUUUUAUUACUAGAAUAAUGUCAACAAAUAAAAAGGAAUGUUUAUUGAAGUUUAUGAAGAGUGCAAAUCCAUAUUUGGCUGUAAUUUUCUUGCAAUUUGGAUAUGCAGGAUCAGCCAUAAUAGCUAAAACUGCAUUGAAUAAUGGGAUGAGCCACUAUACCUUUGCUGUCUACAGAAAUGUCUUUGCUGCUGUUAUAUUUGCUCCUUUUGCUGCUCUACUAGAAAGGAAAAUAAGGCCAAAAAUGACUCUAUCCAUUUUCUGGAAGAUUAUGCUGCUGGGCUUAUUGGAGCCUGUUUUAGACCAGAAUUUAUAUUAUGCAGGGAUGAAAUAUACCACUGCUACUUUUGCAACAGCAAUGUGUAAUGUUCUUCCAGCCAUCACUUUUUUGUUAGCCUGGAUACUAAGGCUUGAGAAUGUGAACAUAUGGAAAGUACCAAGCCAAGCUAAAAUAGUGGGAACAAUAGUAACACUUGGAGGUGCUACAAUAAUGAGCCUUGUUGGAGGACCAACAAUUGGAUUGCCAUGGACCAAGCAUCAUGUUACUAGUACUAAUGUUGUUUCUCCCGCUGAGCUCAAUCCAGUCAAAGGUGCUCUCUUCAUUGCUGCUGGUUGCUUCUCUUGGGCCUGCUUUUAUAACCUUCAGGCAAUUACAUUGAAGAAAUACCCAGCAGGUUUGUCCUUGACAUGUUUAAUAUGCGUGGCUGGGGCUCUACAAGGCACUGCACUUACACUUGUGGUCCAAAGAGGCAAUUCUGCAAUUUGGUCUCUUCAUUGGGGCAGUAGUAAAUUCGUUGCAUCCGUUUACCUUGGAAUUGUUAAUUCUGGUAUUGGCUAUUAUGUUUUGGGAUUAAUAAUGAAUGUCAAAGGACCAGUUUUUGUCACUGCUUUUAAUCCUCUCAACAUGGUUAUUGUUGCCAUUUUGGGUUCAUUCAUUUAACCUGAGCAACUCAACUUGGCAAGGAUUGUGGGAGCUGCUGUCAUUGUUAUUGGAUUAUACCUAGUAAUAUGGGGUACAAGCAAGGACGACGAAAAAUCCUCAAAAAUAUUGAGCACCACUGAAGAUGUUGAACCAGUUGAUGAGGAAUUAGCUGAGAUAAAAUCUUCAAAUCAUGCAGUAACUGGAGAGGAUAUAAUAUAAUAUAAUAUAAAAAAUAUCAAGACUUACAAUUUUGUGGUAUCGAUCGGAUGAUAUUUCGCAUUUCAGUUUAAUUUUAUUAUGCUUAUUCCUGUUUUUCCUUUUCCUAAUUUUCUAAUGUAUUUCUUUUUUUUCUUUUUCUUUUUUGGGAAAAACAAGUCGAGCACUAUUAGUGGAUUUUGGUUAAUAUUGAAUAUAAAAUAAUUUUCC